CAAAGCUACCCUUUACCAAAAACCCUAAAACCCCGUGUUUUCCCCGUCACAGCCAGUUUCAACGAACCCCGCUGCCUCCUCUUCUCGAGCAGCUCCAAUCUCCGGCAGAACCAAACGUCAUCGGAAAACUCUCGACGAUCUCCUCUCCAUUGCCGCCGUUGUUCCUCUCUCCGGUGAGUGAUUUCAAUAUGACUAUUUCCGCAACAUUUUCUUCCCAUGGAAAAAUACUCAUGUCACCUAUUAGAAAGAGUGAAUGGGCAAAUCAACCUGUGCUCUGUAAAUCUGUUGAAUUGUUUAAAAAUGGACGAAAUCAAUACCGUAUGUCAACAAAUAGCAACAAAUUCCAAUGCCGAGCAUUGGAGAUCGAAAAUAAAUCUUCAACUAAGUUUCACCUUGAUGAUGUAAUUGAAUCUCAACAAUUUGAUAGAGAAACUCUUAGUGCGAUAUUUGAAGUAGCACGGGAGAUGGAGAAAAUCGAGAAGAAUUCGAUUGGAGGAAGAAGCGAGAUUCUUAAGGGUUAUCUUAUGGCUACUCUGUUUUAUGAACCUUCAACUAGAACUAGGCUUUCAUUUGAAUCUGCUAUGAAGCGUUUAGGAGGAGAAGUAUUAACAACCGAAAAUGCUCGUGAAUUUUCAUCUGCAGCAAAGGGGGAAACACUAGAAGAUACAAUUAGAACUGUUGAAGGUUACUCUGAUAUCAUUGUUAUGAGGCAUUUCGAAAGUGGUGCUGCAAGAAGAGCGGCGUCAACUGCAUCUAUUCCGAUUAUAAAUGCAGGAGAUGGUCCGGGACAACACCCAACUCAGGCACUUCUAGAUGUGUAUACAAUUGAACGAGAAAUAGGGAAACUCGAUGGUAUAAACGUUGCUCUUGUUGGUGAUCUAGCAUACGGGAGGACAGUUCGUUCACUUGCUCAUUUGCUUGCGAUGUAUGAAGAUGUGAAAAUUUACUUUGUAUCUCCUGAUGUUGUUAAAAUGAAGGAUGACAUAAAGGAUUACUUGACAUCAAUGGGGGUUCAAUGGGAAGAAAAUGCUGAUUUGAUCGAGGUGGCUUCUAAAUGUGACGUGGUGUAUCAAACUCGUAUUCAAAGAGAGAGAUUUGGAGAGAGGGUUGAUUUGUAUGAAGAAGCUCGAGGGAAGUAUAUCGUUGAUAUGAGUGUCGUAAAUGCUAUGCAGAAACAUGCUGUAGUGAUGCAUCCUUUGCCAAGACUUGAUGAGAUAACUGUUGAUGUGGAUGGUGAUCCGAGGGCUGCUUAUUUCAGACAAGCUAAGAAUGGUCUUUACAUUCGGAUGGCGCUUUUGAAGCUUCUACUCCUUGGUUGGUGAAAGAUGCAAACUUUUUAUAUUGCGAAAUCGUUCUUGUUGUCUGGAUUCUGCUGUUGUUGAAUUCAAGAGUUUUGUUAACUUGUUUUAGCAUAAAAGAAAAUUGAAUCUCUUGCUUUGUUCACAAAAUAGUACAUUCUAUAUAUGCAUUUUAAAGACUUUGAAA